CAAACAUCUUCAAGAGCAAGUGAUGAAUUUUCUUUAUCAAAUUAAUUAAUGAAUGAUAUUAAUGGUGAAGAUUAAAGAGUGAAAGGCGAAAAGUGAGAUGUUUAUGAAGAUUUUAACAAGUUGUUAUGACGAAACGAUGUGAAAGUGCUCAACGCCGCAACAAAGUUACACGCGACGAGGCCUUAUAAUAAACAUUAAAGGACAGACAAAUGUUUUUGAAAUAUUCGAGAGUUCAAUCUAUAAAAGUUUAAGAAUAUUGGAAUAUGGCAGUAUAUAAGUAAAAUGUGCUGCUCGGAAACGAAUAAAUAAUUCAAGACUAAGGCAAAUGCUUUGAAAAAAUAAUUUAUGACAAAGUUAAUAGUAAGUGGAAAAUAUAAAAGCGAAAUAUAAAUAAUUUAUAUUUUCUUUUAUUUAAUAAACUGAUUGAUUAAAUAAACGUUUGUUUUUAUUAAAACCUUUGAAAGAAUAUCCUUCCCUUUUAAAAUCUUUAAACGUGAAAAAAGAAGCAAAUAUGGAAGGACUUACAGAAUUUGUAUCUAAAAGUUUUGAAGAAAAAUCAAAAGGGAUAAAUGAAACACAGGAAAAGGGUUUGAAGAAUACGGACACGUUUAUAGGAUCACGAGAAUCGAGCCCUGUUCAAGUCUGUGACGAUAUGGAAGAAAAUGUUCCAAAAGAUUUGUCAAUGGUUAAAAUUGACGUAUGUUCUAGCCGACCGGAAACGCCAGAAAAUGAGCCGCAAGAGUGUGACUCCGCUGAUGACUUAAAAGAUCGAUGUUCUGAUAAUGAAAAUGAUGAUCAACCAAAGUUGAAACAAAGGCGAAGUAGAACCAACUUUACACUGGAACAGCUAAACGAGCUGGAAAGGUUGUUCGAUGAAACACAUUAUCCGGAUGCCUUCAUGAGAGAAGAAUUAAGCCAGAGACUUGGCCUCUCUGAGGCUCGUGUUCAGGUAUGGUUCCAAAACAGAAGAGCGAAAUGUAGAAAGCAGGAAAGUCAGAUGCAGAAAGCGGGUAUCAUGCUGUCUUCCUCUGGAACAAUAGCGCCUCUCGAUGCUUGUCGUGUCAAUCCGUUUGUAAACAUACCUUCAGUGCGUGAACCAUUAGAUAGGCUACAUUUUCCACCGUUCCUGCCGUACUUUCCUCUUCCAUCAGCCUCGGGUCUUGCACCACCACUUCAUCCUAUGUUACUCUAUCAUCACCAUUAUGCUGCGGCACUAAACUACGCGGCUCUACCAGAUAGUGGAUUUAAAGCAUCAAAAACGACAAGUAUUGCAGAUUUAAGACUCAAAGCUCGACAACAUUUAGCCUCUCUUGGAUUGCAGAAUGUGUAAAAUCUUACACUAACUUGUUGUUUUCCAUCUUAGUUAUUCAUUCAUACACACAAAAUGUUGUAUUGAUACAUUUUAUUUGCUUUAAGAUGUCAUUAAUUUUGGUGACAACGUUUCAUUUGUAAACGUUAUUGUUGAUUUUUUUUUAUGUAGCAGCAGCUAUGGAUUUGUCAGACAAACAGUUACGGGUGUGUGAUAUUAUCUUUAUAAAUGACAGUAGUGUUGACGUAAAGCUGCACAGUGUAAUAGACGCGCAUGUUUCUAUUUUAUGUACAGAACAUAAUAAUUAUUUAAGAUGUCUAUUUGUACAUUUUUAAUUAAAAACAUGUGUCCUAUUUUAUAAAACAAACGUUCAUGAAAAACUGUAACCGUUUUCUUAACUGAAGGUUCAAUUCUGUUUUGUAGUUAUAUUAUAUAUACACAUGGUUGAAUUGAUGACAGUUGUGCUUUUAAGUAUUGUAUAUUAAUUUAUUUGUCGACACUUUGGAGGUCUGACACUGGUAAAAAAACGCAUGUUGUCUUCCAAAUUUCUCCACGAGUCAAAAAAGUGAAAAUAAAACUGGACUUGCCAG